UCCUCUACCUCUUCUCGUGUGAACUCUCCCUGCAACCCGCCUACAUCACUACAUUCCCUCCGAGACCUCUCAACGUUUUCCUCUGCCCACGAUUGAUUUCCUUCUCAAACUCCGAGUCGAAGUUGUCGUUGGUGGUGGGUGUCCCAAGUUUGCGGUAGUGCUCUACUAGUACUUCCCGCUUUCCUUUAGAACUGCUUACCAUCUUACCCUCGGCAGAUCGUAGUGUCGCUAUUCCCGUGUCUUCCCCUCUUUUCUUGCCCACUAUCCCUUGGAUUCCUACCCGCAUUUGCUUCAUCCCCCCCUCAAAAUCUUCGUUAGUCUUUUGGACUACUUCCUCCCACAACGCUUUCUUCUUCUUCACCACCAACUCCUUCACCCUCUUUCUAUUUUCAAUAUAAUCCUUCCAUCCUGCUUCGGUUUUCCCUGCCGCAUAUUUUGCGUGUGACUCUGUACGUACUCGAAUUGCUUGCUUGAUUUCUUCGUCCCACCAAUUCACUGCUUUCUUACAAACUAUCAACUUUCUACUGAGGACUCUACUUGCCGUUGUGUUUACCAGCUUUUCCCCCCCUUCUAUGAUUCUAGAUCCGGCCUGGCCCCGACCUUUGCAUCCUUCGGUGUGCCCAUUGCCUCUAUCAACUCCGAGUCUUGUCGUUUAUAGCCAUCUCUUCUUGGAACUCUACCCUCGUUUCUUUUACUUCUAGCUUAUCUAUUCUCCAUCUGUACAUUUUCCUGCGUCGCCUACUCUGUAUGACUCGGGGAGGGGGGGGGGGAAGCGGUGGGGGCAAGCAGCCGCGGAACACAAAAGAAGAGAAAUUUGCACCACACUGGGUUUGGCAGUCAUGGUAUAGAUUGCUGAUGUAUGUGAUGGGCAAGAGACAUGCUCAUUGCUGUUUGUAG